AAGGCCGUCAAAGAAGUUUUGCAACUUUUCGACAGUGUUUAUAGGCCUACUGUUUGUUUCGCGAGAACAUUUUCCCAAUUUUCUUCGUUGCAAUGAGUUAACUAACAUAAACUUGCUUAUUGCAGUAGAAAGUAUCUUGCGGUCCAUUGUUAACGGACCUACCACGAUGAUUGCAGGAUUUUUGUUGGACUUACCGUGUUGUAUCUAAAGAAAAUGACCUACGCAAUCUCCUAGAAAGCAUUUCAGCAAAGAAAACACACAUACAUAACAUAAUGAUAUCGUGAAGACAUCUCCAGUGGUCACCACGCUUAGAAUUCUCCACUUGUCAGUCUACCACGCAAACGGCAAUUGUGCAAACUUGCAAAGCUAAUUCCCAUGCUUGCUAGCGAUGGGGGUUUAGAAGAGUUUUUUCACAAUUUUUUCUGCAUCGACUGGUGUGCAGAAGACACCCUUAGUUCGGUAUUCUCAGGUUGGUAGUGCCUCGAAAACUCUUUGUAUUCGAGUUCAAUGUUAAAAUUUGCCGAAAGACCCGCUCUUUAAAAGGUAAAAAUCCCCUUGAGUGGCAAAAGGUCCCUCUUAGAAACUUAGAUCUCCUUUAGGAAAUCUUCAUUUUCUCUCCCAGCAUGGAGAAUGUUAUCACAGGUCUAUAGAAUGGGGCAGCGUGUAUGCCUUGCAGCUGAUGUUCUCUUCUGUUCUCUAUUAACAGUACAUAUCCAUGAGGAACAACGAUUGGUUUGGCUGGUUUUGUCUAAUCAUAGAUGUUGUUGCCAAAAUUUCCUUGUACUUUAAGGUUUUUGUUUAGCCUCUUCCUGUCUUUUCAUCUUUAGAACACCUGUCAAUCUAUUGGUCUUUAAAGAGUCUCAGAGAUGAAUCUAUUCAGAGCUUAACCCUCAUGGUAUAUCAAAACGACCAUUAUAUAUGUGCUAAAUAGUUGUAUGAAAUUGGUAACGAUGCAGACAAUAUCAUUAGCAGUUCCAACUUUAUUCAAAGGUACAACUUUAUUCAUUAACAGUUGUAACUUUAUUCAAAGGUACAAGCAAAACUUAAUACUAUAUCUAGGUAACUGCAUUAGUCAAGUACGAACUAUUUUCUCAUCCUGAUGUCUCUUCCGCUGAAAAAGCAUAGUCUCGACCAUUAGAAAGAAGUUAACUAAAAAGGGAUAGGUUUCUGUCUUGUAAAAAUUUAACCGACAGUAGAAGAAAAGUUGCGUUUUAAAGAAAGUCCCUUUAUUAGCCUUGCUAUCUCUUUUCUAACUUUGAUGUCAUAGAAAACGAAAAUAAUCGAACCGCUAGCGUGCCUCUUCAAAUUUGCUGAAACAUGCAAAAACUUCUAUUUCUUGUUAAUAGCCUUCAAAGUGUGAUAAUAACAGCCAUUUGAUGAUGGUUUUAGUGAUACAGUGAUCUUAAAUCCUACGAGAAAUCGUCAAUGGUCCUACUUCACUCUUUUGACAACUAUCUUAUAUAAAACAUCACUAGAAAUUAGACGAAUUGCGCAAAGAAGUUUUGGCUACAAAUUCAAUUUAUUUCUGCUCAUCACAAUUGUCUUUGGAAUUUGAAAAGUCAAAUAAACCUUUGACGAAAUAACGAACUCUUUUACAGAACGAAAAUGUUAUAGAAAAUCGUUUUAAACAAACAAUUAGCCAAUGAAAGUAACUAGAUCAAUCCGGGGGAAUCCUGAUGUAAUAAGUCAAUUUUGCUGGAAACCGCUCAGGAACAAUUAUUUUUGGAGUUGAGAAUAAAGACAUAGAGAAAAGACGUCAACUUGAAAGAGGAUUCCUUGGCUGCUUGAAUAGAUAUUUUGAAGACAGAUGGUAGAAAUUUUACAAAAUAUAUGAUUUCGACAAAUGUGUCACGACAAUAAAAAAGCUGACAUUAGCACAUGCAAUCAAUGAAUAUAUUUAAUGAAAGCAAGAGCUGGAGGAGGCACAAUGGUUGGAGUCUACAAUAUGGGGGCUCCACAGCUGAGAAAUGCAAAAAAAAUGUUACUCGAGGUUGUACUGAACACUUGGACGUGUGCCUAGCAUCUUCACAUGGGACAGUACAGUCAAUUCUGAUGUCUCUUGUCAGAUUCUCAAACCAGGUUUUCGCAUUCACGGUGUCACGGCUGGCGUUUAAAAUGCCUUUCGAAGAACAUAUGAACUGCUAAGACCUUCAAAAGAUUCACUGGCCCGAGGCAUUGACAAAAUGGCAGAGUCUUUGAGUAGCAACCAGUCAUUAAUGUAUGGAUGUGGCGGUGAAUUAGAGACAACAUUUCUAGAAUCCGAAGGCAUUUUCUACGCAGUGUUUCUUCUGAUGCAGUUUGUGAUGUCAACUUUCGGAAACAUUUUAGUCUGCCUUGCAAUACUACGAUUUCCAAGUUUGCACACUCUGACAAAUGCAUUUAUUCUGUCUUUAUCAAUUACAGACUUACUAACCCCUGGGGUGCGGGUAAUUUACGUUGCUGUUUCGAUAUUCGCGUCGAAAUGGAUUUUCGGUUGCUUUUGGUGCCAAUUAUCAUCAGUCCUCGGCGUGUUCCUCUGUUCUUCGUCGAUACUUCAUCUUUGCGUUAUUAGCGUAGAGCGCUUCAUAACCAUAAAAUGGCCUUUGCGACACCAAAAUUGGAUAACGAAGCGAAGCGUUGCAUUCCUGAUAACGAAUAUAUGGGUGGUCUCCUUCGUUUUAUCGCUCUUUCCUUACUUUGGACUCGUUCACCAUACAUUUAACAUAGAGAUACUUGACUGUGAGAUAUGGUGGGAGGCUAAUCCAAAGCUGGCCGUUUUACUAGCCAUAUUUUUCUUCCUUAUUCCUUUUAUGGUAAUGUCGCUAACAUACUUUUAUAUAUUCAAAGAAGUGCAUCGUCAGACGCGGAGGGUUUCCACCGUCCCUGUACCGGCGGAGAUGACAAGAAAGAAGUCUAUCGGCUCCAGGAUGCGUAUCAACCAUAUUCUAAAGCACGAACUCAAAGCUGUACGUAUCAUAGUUGUUGUGAUUGGAGUCUUUUUCGUCUUCUGGCUUCCCUGGUUCACAGUCACAUGUAUCAGAGCGUAUAGCCCUAAAAGUAUAUCUGGUAUGAUGCAAAGACUAACCUUCGCAAUGGCCUACACUAACUCUAGCUGCAACUGGAUAAUUUACAGUGUCAUGAACCGGCAAAUUAGGGAAGCUUUUAAAACGAUUUUGACUUCAUGCCAAAGCCGGCUGCCACAACCCAAGAGAGGCUCCGACGCUCCAAAAAAUAUACGAAAUGUUUUUAGCGGAAUCAGAAUUGCUAAUGUAGCAUUUAGAAGAGCUUCGAAAUCGGAAACUCCGACAACAGAAUCCAAUAACAACGGCCAAAACCCGCAAGCCCUGCAACAGCAACAACUGCAAACUGAACAGUAGUCGUGAUACUAUUUAAAUUGUAUGUAGAAGUGUUAUUCAUAGAAUCUUAAUCCACCUUUAACUAGACGUUGCAUGACCGAAUGCAACGAAAAACUAAACAUUUGGCCUAGACAAAAGUACACUGUCGUUAGAUAAAAAUACGUUUUAGACGAUAACGCUUAAACACGAAAAAAGCUUUAAAAGUUUGUGAAAAUGUGUAUGAAACAUCAGUACUAAAUUAUUCUUCUGUCAGCUGAAGUUUUUUUUGUGAGAUGCGUAUUUUUCUUUCACUUCAUACACAGCAACCCAGAUGUUGAUUCGAUUAAGAGCAACUAAUUUAAACGAAAAUUAAUACACUUGUUUAAGCAAUAAUUUAUAACGUCUGUUGAAGACGGAAAGGGAAGGAAAAUCAUCUACUACCAGAUUUUGGGACUAGAUCACUUAAAUCAGACAAUCCUUUAAAUCAGCCAAUGUCAUCAAUAGAUCUUAUUCGUUUCGCUGGAGUGUUUCGUUUUGCCUACACCCUUUCAGUAGAUUGAAGAGACAUCAAUAACAAAAGAAUGCUUCAUCAAUGCAGAAUUGUCACCGAGGCAAUUUUUUAGGCAUCAUGAGUGGUACCUCACUCUACAUACCCGCCCCCAUAUCAAACUCUUCAUUGGAAUUCAGGCUGUAAGGUUUCGAUCAUUGAAUUUCAUUUUGAAGUUUCCGUUUGUAAUGCCUUCUAAUCAUAGAAGCUUUAGAGAGGGUAUCUCGAAGUCCAAUUUCAAUGAAUAUCAAUUACAAUGGCAUACUGACUUUUUGUUCUUUUUGAAGAUACAUUUUUUGCGAGUUUAUUUCCAGUAGGUAAGGUCGAUGAUGAGUGGAAAGACUGUUGUUACUCUUAGGGAAACGUAUGAAAAUUCCUUAAGAUUGAUAGAGCUUUUGUAGAAGAAAAAUUGGGACAGCCUCAAGCUUUCUGCAUCCCAUAUUGUACUUUUAAUUUCUUAAUUCAAAUCAAAUCCACCUUGAGACAACCAGAUUCCACAUCUUCAGGUUUUCUAUUCUCUAAAUCACUUUUUAGUGGCCAAAAUAUUGCAAUGGGUUUUAAAGCGGAAUCAUCUCGUCUUGGUAAAAGAUUCCAAGAAAAGCGAUAGCAUUGAAAUGCAAAACGAGUGCAGAAGUGACCGAAUAUCCAGACGAAUUCACCUAUGUUUAUCUCUUAUCACUGUUUGUUUAUGUCGAAAGUUUGUUGUAAAAAUCACCUUUUAAGCGUGAUCUCAAAGCAGGAAUGCCAGAUUGGUGUUUAUCUUGGAGCAACUUGCGUUCACGUUAUCUGAAGUGUAUAAUUGUACAGCCGAGGUGAUUUGAACUUUAGAACAUCUUUUGUUCGACGUUCUGAUUUUGAGGCGUAGGUGUUCACCCUGAUCUCUGAUAACAUAGUCAAUGCUGAUAGCGAAUGGCUUGGACAAUAAGAACAACCUUUGAUGAUCCUCUCAUUUUCAUUUACAAUGAACAGCUUAAGACCUUCACAAAUGAUUCGUUAUAAUGUAUUCCUUACAAUGUAUUCUCGCUAAAGUUAAAAAACUCGUUACCAAUCAAGCGUAAAGCUCAGGAACCGCGCACCUCCUUAGAAGUGGAGGAGCUAAAAUGGUUGUGACCGAAAGAUUUUUGAGGCCACGCCCUCUUGAACGCCGGAAAACGCCCCUUUUAGAACAUGCUUAUUUCUAUUGAAUUUUCAUAAACAGUCUGGUUCAGAGAAGGUAUCAAUAACUAUAAAAAUAGAUAGAAUUAACUCGAGGGUAAUAAAGAACCAAGCUAACCAAGUUAGAAAAUACAUCAUAUCAUUAAACAAGAUGAUUCCCAG